AUGCUCAUCAGAAAACUUCUACUGCUCCUCUUAUUAAUGACAAAAUGUAAGUCAAUUGUUUUUUUCCGGGAAAAUAGUGCGCAGCUUAUGAACAAGCUUAGGUUUCAAUGGGUUGACAGACUAUCCAUUGCUGACCAUUGGCAGCCACAAUAUCAAAUUACCAACCCGAUUCAUGACGACAUUGUAUAACUUUUUUUGCUGUUUCGCCUCCAAAAAAACUGGGGAAAAAUAAUCCGAUUGUCGUCGCCGCGUGCGUGAAAUGAUAUGUUUGUCAAUUGGAUUAAUUAGUUUUUUGUCUGUUGAGUAUAAUUAAUAUCAUAUCAUAUUAUCAAAAAAUGAUAGAAAUUAUUGGAACCAAAUUGAUUGACAGUAGCGAGUAAAGUUCGUAACAAGUAAAUAUUUACCAGUCAUUCAAAUAUGAUAAAAACAACAAUUUGCGCCAAGUGUGCUGCUGACAGUCACCAAUCAAAUAUUGGUGGCUAUAUCUUAUAUUAUUUACCAAAGCAUGUCAAACUGGGGAAUUAUUUCAGAUAGUUUGGCUGAUGUGAUAUUUACAUCGGAGCGGUGUAAUCGAGUGACUUUUGGAUUGCGGACAGUAAACGGGGAUCCGGGAAGAUAUAAACAAUGCGGACCAUCGGGAAGAGUUUGGAUUGUGCCGUGUGCUCCGCAAAUGAGCUUCGAUCCUCAGGAUAGGGUGGGUUUUAGAGAGAUUUUGGUUAUACUCCAGGGAUCAGACAAAGUCAGCCAAAGUUUACCCCUAGAAAACAUAAUUUCUUCCAGGUCUGCAAAGAAGAUAAAUUCGAAACCCGACUGGUGAUGCGGAAAUACGAAACACAUCCCAAAACAAUCAUAACUACACCAGCUCCAUUUUCCACUACCCCACAACCCAUUCCUCGAACAGUGACACAGGCAAAUGUGGAAGAAUUCGUGUUCUCGACAAUUCGCCCGAAAAAACCGAGAAUUAAGACGAAAAAGAGGCGAACGAGCACAACUACGACAACAACACCGAUACCACAAACCACUACUGAACUUUUGACAACAACAACAUCUACAACAUCCACAACUACCCAACCGAAUAUUGUUAUCUUUAGUCGACCUCCAAAAGGUGGUCCAGCUUUUUCGAGACCAACUCAUAAACCAGUAACUCAUCCUGCAAAGUUCGUAUCUCCGAUGCAGGAACCAUUAAAAACCACACAACAUUCAGAAACUUAUGCAAAACCUGCGACUUUGGCGCCAUAUCAAAAAAUGGAUCGAAGCCAUCAAAAUAUGUUGCCAGAAGAACCUUUGAAUGCGGUUACUGUACAACCAGAAUAUACUGUGAAAUAUAAUGGACAAAGUAUGACGGAAAACGAAUUCUUGACACAUUUAUUAUCAAUGGUGAAGACACAGAAAAUGUUGGCGGAAAAAGAACGAGCAGAAAAGUUUGAGAAAAUGGAACAAGAAAGAUUGCGAGAGGAAAAAGAGGAGAGAGAACGAGAUCAGGAGAGACGCAGACAAUUAGAGGAGAUGGAGAAGACUAGACAGUUAGAGAUACAGAGACAAGCUGCGAUUUAUGCGGAGCAAGAGAGAAUGGCGGCGGAAAGAGAGCAAGAGAUAGCAAGAAUAAGGCAAGAGGACAGACGACGAGAGAUGGAAGAGAGAAAGAGGAAAAAUGAGAAGGUUAGACAACAAUUAGAAAUAGCGAGAAAAGCAAAGAUGGAAGAAGAGAGACGCAGACUGGUAGAGGAAGAGAGAGUGCAGAGAGAAAAAGCAUUGGAGGAGGAAUUGAGACGACGAGAGUUAGAAGAGGAAAGACGCAGAGAGAAGCAGAUUGCAGAGAUGAGAGAAAUCGAGGAGCAGAGAAGAAGAGCAGCGGAAGAACAAGCAAGAAUUGAGCAAAUGGAAAAAGAAAAAGAAAUUAUCAGACAAAUGAUAGAACAACAGAGUCAAAGUCAGAACCAGAAUCAAAGAAAUGAAGAGAACGGUGCGAUUUUACAACCAGUUUAUCGUCCGGAAAUCACAGAAUAUCAGCCACCACAAUUGGAAAUGAUUCGAUUUACAACAACAACGACUGAAGCACCAUGGAUGUUGACGACGGCAUCGACAACAGUUGAAGAAGGAGCAAAAGUGUAUCAAGGAUGUUUAGUGAAUGGAGAUUGUGAAUUGAAAUAUAACUACGAUUCAUUCUGUCAACAUCCAACGUAAGUUUUUGAGCGUGAGUCAUAUAUGUUUUAGUCCUGGACUCAAUCAGAAUGUGGGCUGCCUGAUUUUUCAACAAAAAAGGCGCGAAGUCAAGAUAUAGUCAAAAACUAGACCUUCCCAACGUUUUUUUUUCCAGAAAUCCAUCUUCAUAUCUCCAAUGUGCUCCUUUAUAUGGAAGACACGGUAGAUGGACUGAAAGACAUUGUCCAGAUACUCUUCAAUUUGUUGUAUCUCAAGGAAGAUGUGAAAAACCAGAAGAACCUAUGGAUACGAUUCGCAGACCUCCUUAUGAUCCGGAUAAUCGUGUUGUUAUCCCUCGACUUCCUUCAGAAACUGAAUUUAUUCAAUGGACAGGUAAUCGAGUAAUCGAUUCAACUCCACCACAAAAUCGACCGAUUCCCCGAGUUUAUCCGCCGAUUCCUGAAUCUGAACAACCUUCGAUUUAUAGUACUAUCGAAGAAUUUCCGCGAGAUUUAUUACCAACAAUUAACACGGAUAAUAUUCAUGGAAGUGUUAUUAGUGGACAACAACAAAUUCAAGAGCAAAAUUAUCCUGCACAGGUUUUUUUCUAAUUUUUCUAACCCUCAUCAUAUUCUUAUUGUUUUUUUACAGCCGGCUGCAAAAACUAUUGAUUUAUCCAACAUUCAUCCUUUAUUCCCUCGAGUUCAACCCGAUUUUUUGAGUCGAAUUUUGCCAGUUCUCAACUUGAAACUUCAAGAUGAUCCUGAUCAUAAAAACCCGAACUCAAUUGGCAAAGUUGUGAAACCGGUUUUGAAACAAAUUGCGUUGAAUCAAACCGAGCAAUUUUUGGAUCGUUUACUCGCUGAUCAAUUAGCGAGUCAGGUUGAGGAUUUGAAUAAACUAAGGACUUAA